AUGACGGAGACACCAAUAACUUACAAAUUGGAUACUAAAAAACAAGCAGGAGCGAGUAACUCGGUCCUUGACAUUUCUGAAACUAGUGGCCUGAAAUGUAUCUGGCGAUGCUCUAUGAUUGAUAAACUAUCAUCCGCUUGCCUCUCCUGGAGCUUCAAUUGGCAAGAACUGAAAAAGUUGAAAGGAAUCAAUGGGCUCACUGGAUAUAUUCUCGUUACUUACUAUGACAACAAUACUGAACAACCACCAGUACGUGUUGAAGUCGACUUGACAAGUGAGCAUCAAGUUAUCGAGAAAGUUAUCAAGAAAGAUACAUCGUUCGAUGAUUUCAAAGCGACGUUCGAGUUCAGCUUGACUCCACAUAAGUAUCCGGAGGAAUUAAGUUAUGAGGAGAUGUUUGAAGCAUCGGAGAAGAAUGACGCAGUUUUAGUGAUUGGAGACAAGAAGCUGCAUGUGAAUAAGUCGUUCCUCUCCCUCCACUCCGAUUUCUUCAAUGCCUUGUUCUCUUCUAAUUUCAAGGAAGGCCAAAUGGAUGAGGUCCCGAUCAAGGAUAUCUUUUUCAAGGAUUUUGGGUUACUCAUGAGUACAAUCUAUCCGAAGAAUGUGUUUCCGAAUGACCCCACCGCCGAGAAACUUCUGGAACUUGCUGACCGCUUCAUCAUGCCGUCAGUCACCCGUCAAGUCGAAAACCACUUGGCGACCGUCUCCCAAAUAAACAAUGAGAAGCUGAUGUGGAUGGCUGACAAAUAUGGAAUGAAGAUGUUGAUGGAGAAGACCAUAUCUCAGAUGGACUCUGCCGAGAAAGCAAAGAAAUUGAAGAUGUCGAAUGAAUAUGGAGAAUUGUCGAAUGAAACGAAGGCUAGACUUUUUGAAAGACUUGUUCAGAUUGUUUGA